AUAGCUGGGAACACGGGUGAACAGACCCAAAUCAAAUGCUUGACAGUUUACAGACUGAUUACAUUUUUUCCCGACCAAACCUACGUCGAGCUCUUGCCGUACGUAAGCAUGGAACAGCUCAACCGUGAAAUCCAUUGGAGAAAUUAGCUGUGGAAAAUUCGAGAAGAAGCGGUUAGGACUUUGGAGAAGCAAGAAGAGGCGAGGAAAACAUUCUGCAGGGAGCGCUCGCAGGCCAGACCGGGUCGCUCGUUCUUCGCUUUCAGCGCCCGUGCACGGUGCACCUACCAUGUCAGUUCUUCCCAACUCACCGCGUACGUACGUCAACGGGGGGGUUGGAAGCAGCAAUCCGCGCUCCAGCGCCGGCUCCUAAUAACAGCAGUGGCCUCCUCUUAAUUAUCGUCGACAGAAUUCUAGCUCAUCCUCACAUCGCAGUGGACCCUGAUCUUUUCUCUGCUUAGCUGCUUCCUCGCUGUCACGGCCGGGCCGGAGAGGAAGACUUUUCCGCUACUCGCUCCCUCGGUCGUGCUCUUUGCUCUCUGGAUCCACGUUUGCAGAAGGAAAGCCAAGCCUUGGGGAUUUACUAUACUUGUUGUUGCUUUUCCUAAUCAUCGACUCGCGAUUUGGCGAGGAGUGGACAAAGAGGCGAGGCGGAGGAGGCAGCCGUGGGGAUUCCGAGGAUUUGGAUUUGGAGAUGUAUUACUCGGAACAUUCAGCAAUCAAACGCUCUCUCCCUGCAGCUGGCGAGGGGACGAAUACGAUCAAGCCAGGCAAGCAUAUGCAGAGCGAGCAGGUGAAGAUGCGGUUCGGGCGGUGCCCCUACUGCCGCGCCAUGGUGUACCAGGACCCCAAGGCCGUCGUCUACCUCUGCAGCAAGUGCCGCACGCCCAUCCGAGGCAAGGAGCCUGAGCCGACGGACGAGAACGAGUACGCGCUCGCGCAGCUCGAGAUCCUCUCCUUCGACACCAUGUCCGUCUUCUCCGACGAGCUCGAGCCGCCCAGCUCUGACUUCGACCCGACCAGUCGGGAGACGGUGGCCGCGUCAGCGUCGUCGUCGUCGCAGUUCAGGCCAUACGGCGUGAUCAGGACCGGCCCAAGGAGCGGCGAUCUGGAUCGAGACGAGGAACCGGGGUCUGGACGAAGAAACGGCGGCUCGCCGAUGCACAACCGCGUGGGCGAGCUCCGGCCGGCGUCGCGGCGGACCAGGCGGCCGUCGAGCGCCGACCUGGACGCGCCCAGGCCGGCCGAGGAAUCCGAGUUCGACGUGCCGAGGACGAGAUCGGCUUCGUGUUACCAGCGCCGGGCGUCGCCGCUGAGCUCGCAAGAACUCGAGGCGGCCAUGGACCCUGCCGCCGCUGGUCUUGCGGGGUCGCCGCUGACCGACCCGUCGUUCCAGCAGGACCUCCUGCAGGCGCUGGAGAACCUCCGGAAGCUCAUCGUCGCCGUCGAGGAGCCGUUCAGAGCCAGCACCGGCGCGCCCCGGUUCGGCAGUGCCAAUGCCAGUGCGCCUGGGCACCGGCAGACCGCGUCUUGCAACAACGACAGCGCCGCGCAGAAGGUGACACGGCGCGACUCCCGCAUCCUGCGCCGUCUCGAGUCGCAGCUCGCGCAGGCAUUGCCCACCAACAGCCCGCGCCACAGCCAGGACGCCACCACUUCCUCCUCCUCCUCGUCAGUGUCGGCGUCGGCAUCGGCAUUGUCAGGCAGCAGGCGAGGGGCGUCGAUAUCGGCGCCGGCGUCGGCAUCGGCGUCGGCAUUGUCAAGCAGCAGGCGCGGGGCGUCGACAUCGAGGAACCUGCUCUGCCGGCCGAUACUAGGCGGCACGCCGUUCGUCGCCUGCGAAAAGUGCUCGGAACUGCUGCAGCUGCCGUCCGCGCUGUCCGUGAAAAAAUCCGCCAUCCUGCAGUGCGGCGGCUGCGGGGAGGAGCUGGCAGUGAAGCUGCCGGCGAGGGGCGGCCCUGGCUCCUCGGCCUCGACGGACGGGCCGAGGAAGAUAUUCUCGGCGCCGCAGCCUGCUGGUUUUGGCGCGGACGAUGCCGCGGCGGAGGAGUACAUGCGCGCGAGUGCCAGGAGCCGUUUGAGCGGCGAGCAGCUGCGGCAGGGGCCCGAUGAGGGGCCGCUCCACCGCGUCCUCGGGUACAGCUCCGUCAGCUCCGUGCUACGGAGCCGGCGCUACAGCGAUGACCUCUGAGGCUCUGAGCAUUCGUUUUCCCCCUUUUUUUCCCCCCUUCUUGUGGCGCGGAAAGAAGCAAUUGAAUUGUGAAGAUUUACAAAUGAUUCUUCUUCUUGUUCUGUUUAGUUGUGUACUUGUUUGGUUGUCCUAAAAAACUGGGCACAAACUGUGAUUUUUUUUGGAGUUCUGUGGGGACGUGUAGUCCAUCCGGUUAUUAUUAUUGGAUAUGAGAAAGUACAUUUUUAUUAUUGUACAAAC